AAAAAAUGGACCAAAGGUUGUUCACCAACAGGGUUGGUACAGCUCUUAAAUGCCUGAUCAUCUUUCCGAUUAGGUAACCACCCUUGAAAAUCUAGGACAUGUGCUACAGAGAAAACCCCUAUAAAACCCUCCCUCCACAGCCCUCCUUUCUGCUCUGAACUUCACAAAGAAAUGGCAAAGCUAGCUCUGGCUCUGCUGCUCAUCUCCAUGGCCAUGCCAUGGGCUCAACCCCAAGACCUCAAGUGGGCCAAGAGGCUCGACUCCGGCGGCCAACCCACCACCAAUCUCCAGUUCUACUUCCACGACACACUCAGUGGCAAAACCCCAACUGCAGUUCGCGUGGCUCAGGCCUCACAAACUGACAAGUCUCCAACUCUCUUUGGAGCCUUGUUAAUGGCGGACGACCCCCUCACAGAGGGACCCGACCGGAGUUCCAAACUCGUGGGUCGCGCCCAGGGGCUGUACGGGUCGGCGAGUCAGGAGGGGUUUGGUCUGAUAAUGGCUCUGAGUUAUGGGUUCUGCGAUGGAAUCUACAAUGGCAGCUCCAUUAGCGUUCUUGGGUUGAACCAGGCUCUGAACCCGGUCCGGGAGCUGCCGGUGGUGGGCGGAACCGGGGUCUUCCGGAUGGCUCGUGGAUUUGCGGAGGCGAGGACUCACUGGUUUGAUCCUGCCACGGGUGACGCUAUCGUUGCCUACAAUGUGACCGUAUUUCAUUAUUGAUGAUUAAUUAUUAAAUUUGUAUUAGUAUUAAUUACCUUUUUAUGAUUUUCUA